GCCGCGUGGAGGCGGUAGGCUGAUGGAGGUCAGUGAGGGUGAUCGCCGCAGCAGUCUGGCGUCCUGGAGAGACUGGGCUUCUGAACGGAACAAGACUGGCAGACUUGCCCAAAGAAACGUCAUGUGGUUAUGUAGAAUGUUCUCGAAAAAGGACUUUGGAGUCACCUACUAGGAGUCUUCCCUCCCUCCCUCCCUCUUCCCUGCAUCAUGGCCGUUCGCCUGAUGAAGCGGUGUACCUGCCUGCUUCGAGAGGCUACCCGCCUAGUUCCUACUGUUGCCCCAGUUGGCCGACUGAGACUUGCUGGAGUGUCCUGCAAGACUUUGACGUCCUCUGUCAGUUCCCCCUCCUCAGGCUCCUUGACGGAGCUGUUGGGGAAAGAGCAGGUGUUUACUCCGUACCCAGAGCACCAAGAGGUGGACUUCCUCAUUGAGAAAGCCUCCAGACCAGAGCAGCUGCUGGAGCUGCUGGGUGCUGACCACAGCCUGCACCACAAUCACGCGGCCCUCAUCCUCAUCCGCCUGUCCUACCUGCUGUCUGAGAAGCCAAAGGAAAAGGCCUUGCUUGCAGAGGAUGCUCGCUUUCAGCGACUUGUCAAGCUAGUUGACAGUCAGAUAACUUCUGUCUGGCAUGGGACCCUUGUGAAGCUGCUGCGGAGCCUGUACACACUAGUGCUUCCUCAGAUCUCCAAGGAGCUGCAGUCAGUGGAGCAGGAAGUGCGCUGGCGUCUGCGGAGGCUCAAGUACAAGCACUUGGUCUUCCUGGCUGAGUCCUGUGCCUCCUUCAUGAAGGAGCAACACUCGAAGGAACUGCUGGCCGAGCUGCUAAUGCACCUGGAGAGGCGCUGGACAGAGAUCAGCGACAGCCGUACACUGGUGACCUUGAUGACAAUGGCAGGGCACCUCUCAGAGUCACUCAUGAACCACCUAGAAGACAAGGGGCUGCACUGGAUGGGACCCCUGCCCCCAGCUCAUCCCAACCAUCUCAGCUGAUCCCUGCGCGGCUGUGGUUGACAGUGCCUGGAGCUGGUGGAGCAGUUUGGCCCUGAUGAGCUGCGGAAGGUGCUAGUGACGCUGGCAGCACAGAGCCGGCGGUCGGUGCCCUUGCUGCGGGCCAUCUCCUACCACCUGGUACAGAAGCCCUUCCCGAUGACAAAAGGCAUGCUCCUGGACCUGGCCUACGCCUAUGGGAAGCUCAGUUUCCACCAAACCCAAGUGUCCCAGCGCCUGGCUGCUGACCUCCUGCCCUUCAUUCCCAGCAUGACGCCUGGAGAGGUGGCCCGCUGCGCCAAGUCCUUUGCCUUCCUCAAGUGGCUCAACCUGCCUUUGUUUGAAGCCUUUACUCAGCACCUCCUCAGCAGAGUGCAGGAUGUCUCCCUGUCCCAUGUGUGCAGUGUUCUUCUUGCCUUUGCCCGACUGAACUUUCAUCCUGAACAAGAAGAGGAUCAGUUCUUCAGCAUGGUGCAUGAGAAGCUGGACUCCGCGCUGGGGAGCCUGGAGCCAGCCCUGCAGGUGGACCUGGUGUGGGCACUGUGUGUGCUGCAGCACGUGCACGAGACAGAGCUGCACACAGUUCUCCAUCCUGGACUCCACGUGCGCUUUCUAGAGAGCAAGUCUCCAAAGGACCAGAGUACCUUCCAGAAAUUGGUCCACAUCAACACCACCGCCCUGCUGGAGCACCCUGAAUAUAAAGGCCCUUUCCUGCCAGCCUCAGCUGUAGCCCCCAUCUCCUCACCCUCUAAUAAAAAAAUGACACCCCUACAGAAGGAGCUGCAGGAGACACUGAAGGCACUGCUGGGGAACACUGACAAGGGCAGCCUGGAGGUGGCCACACAGUAUGGCUGGGUGCUGGAUGCAGAGGUGCUCCUGGAUGCCGACGGCCACUUCCUGCCCCUAAGAAACUUCGUUGCUCCUCACCUUGCCCAGCCAGUGGGGAACCAGCCAUUGCCCCCAGGAGCUAAAAGGAUCGCUUUCCUGCGCUGGGAGUUCCCCAACUUCAACAGCAGGAGCAAGGACUUGCUGGGCCGUUUUGUCCUGGCCCGGCGACAUGUGCUGGCUGCAGGCUUCCUGGUAGUAGACGUCCCAUAUUAUGAAUGGCUGGAUCUGAAGUCUGAAUGGCAGAAGAGCGCCUACCUCAAGGACAAGAUGCGAAAAGCAAUGGCUGAGGAGCUAGCCAAAUGACCUUACCCAUCAGUUCAGACUGCUCCCAAAGACCUGACUGCUCAGGAACCCAGCAGUGAGUGCUGGGCAGGCCAGAGUUGUCAUCCUACAUCAGAGAGAUCAACUGUCUGUAGGACGUGGUCAGAGUAGGGGGUGCUCAGCAUCUCCAAGGAACGGGGCCUAAUAAAUCCUUUGGUUUGGUGGAAGCCAGCUAUCUUCCCAGGCUCUGUAUCUAUCUCCUCUCUCCCUUAUUUUGCACACACAUACAUAUCCUCUUCCCUAGCUCUCCAGGAUUCUACCGAGUGGACUCUCCUUCCCCAGCUCCCCCAUAAUGCCUGUGUGCUGUGGCACAGCAGAGCAGGGCUGACUUGAGAGACAGAAAACCUGAGACUUAAAUGGGUAGGGUCCUGGACACUCGAGCUUCCCGGGAAAUGUACUUGGAGUGUAUAGCAGAGUUGUGAUACUGUCCUGAGAGGUUCCCCCCCCCCCCCAUGCCACUAGAGAGUAUCUGUGAAGGGGACAGGUGCUGUGAAGGCAUUUGGAAGGCCCUAGUUCUGGGACAAGAGUAAAGUCCACUUGGCUGAUGCCACGAGAUCUAUAGUCAGGCUCUCAUGACUACUACAGCCAACCCGGGGACUGCCCAUUAGGUGGAGCCCUGGAUCCCCUGCAGUCUACCUUCUACCCUCUGCAGGAGUCUCCCAUGGAUGAGGCUCGCCCAAAGGGGAGUCUUGCAAUAAAGGGGGUUCUUCCCCUACUUGGUACAUUCCUCCCAAAGCUCCAGUCGGAGUCCUCUGUGUGGCUUUGCACUUCUAUUGUCCUGACAGACUCGGUUACCACAGAGGAGAGGGAGGAGCAGAAAAGCUGCGGGAACUCUUACAGGCAGGAGCAGCUGGCCACAACGUGUCUUAAGUUGAGGUCGUUUGGUAGCGCUGACAACCCAGUUGGGGAAGUCUUGUGUAUGAGGAAAUAAAAAUUUGUGCUGCUCACCA